AUGAUGAUUAAGCCAUAUGUAAGACAAGGCGAGGGAGAGGAGGCCGUCAGCCCUCUGCAGUGGAUGGAUGGAGAUAUGAGCUCCCCUGAUGGAGACGCAUCAAAUUCCUCACACCACUACAGAGCUGGAGGAGUGAACCAGGACGGGGAGAUGGGGAGUGAGGAUGCACAGGAAGAAGACGAGGAGGAUGAGGAAGAGGGACAGGAGGAUGAAAACGAGUCCAAACGACGCGGGCCCAAGAAAAAGCGCAUGACAAAGGCCCGGCAGGAGCGCUUCCGUGUGAGGCGCGUAAAGGCUAAUGCCAGGGAGCGUUCGCGUAUGCACGGUCUAAAUGAUGCACUGGAAAGCCUGCGCACCAUCAUGCCAUGUCACUCCAAAACACAGAAACUGUCCAAGAUCGAGACGUUACGGCUGGCCCGCAACUACAUCUGCGCUCUGUCCGAAGCCCUGGAGGGGGGCCUUUCCACAGAGAGCAGGAGCUUCAUGGAGACUCUGUGUAAGGGCCUCUCGCAGCCCACCAGCAACCUGGUGGCUGGCUGCUUGCAGCUGGGACCGACUUCUGGUGCUGGAAUGAGGCCUGAGGACAGACACAGAGUUCGGGCAGCACCUGCUCCUCUCGGUGGCGUGGUGAGCUACUCCUCUCCAGGCCUGCCAAGCCCGCCAUACGGCACGUUUGACUCUGCUCACCUGCUUCACCUGAGGGCGAUGAAAGGAGGAGUGUACGAGAAUCACUCGCCAAAUGAGUACAAUGCCGGCGGUGUGGGGACCCCUCCGUACGAUGGCCCCCCUACACCGCCUCUGAGCAUCAGCAGCAACCUGGUGCUUAAACAGGAGCCUUCACCGCACUACCCACCCCCACACCACUACUCCUCCUCCCCUGUGGAGCAGGGCCUGUAUCAGACUCAGACCGGCUAUGACAUACACUUAGAGGGGCCAUAUGACUCCUACCAUCCACAGCACAUGCCCCCCCGACAGAUCACCUCCGUCUACAGAGACUAA